UGAAUUCGGCUUGUUAGGGGUUAAUGUGGAGCUUUACUAUCCAGCUAGCUAUCCAGACAAACCGCCCGUUUCUCUAAAAUCACGUUUGUGAUCUUUAUAAAUAAAAGACAUUAUAAAAUCCAUUAGGGUUGAACCCUAGAUCUUUUGUGCAUGUGUGCUGCUUAAGAAUGCAGUACAGUACAGUCGCUUAUAGCUGUGAAGCACAGAGUAAGUGCACGUUGAGACACGCGUGGGUUCAGUAUUAGCUCUCUGGCAGGCAGCAAUGGAGGAUACGCUACUCAUAGGAAUAUGUGACGGCGCUAUAGAGAAGAAGAAAGACACUUAUUAUUACACUAAUAAAAUUGGAGGAUGUGCGGACUUGAUCCCUGGUGUAUCUAAAGCAUAUAACCAGUGCGCACUUUGUGGUGGGUUCCUUAGUCAUGUUGUUCAAAUAUACUGCCCUCUUGCGGCGUCUCCAUAUCACCGCACCAUUAAUGUGUUUGCCUGCACAGCUCCACAGUGUCAGGGCAAGCUGGAAAGCUGGAAAGUCCUCCGUUCACAGUGUUUGGAGUCUGAGAUAAAAGAACCUUCAGCCGCUCAGAGCACUGAUAAAACACCGGUUGCCACUACAGACUGGUGUGACGAUGCCGAUGACUGGGGAAUGGACUCUGAGGAGAAUUUGGGCAAUGAACAGACUCAUACCGCUCAACCUGAGACGGAUAACCUUACAGCAAGCCUGGAAGUCAGUAGCAGACUUCAGGACCUGUGUAUAAACAGGUCAGCAGAUGGUGAAGAUCCUGGACCAGCUACAGACACUCCCAUCUUUCAGUCCUUCUACAUCAGUGUGGUGGAGGAAGCAGACUUUGUAGGACAAAAUGACCUGGAGCAUGCCAACAGACUGCUGAAGGAGUAUGAGGAGAGGGAAGGCAGGGCUGUCGGGGAGAUUGCAUGCUGUGAAGGUGAAGGAGGGGAGGAGACAUACGAAAAAGCCAAAGCCAAACACGGAGAUGCGGUCUUCUCUAGUUUCAUGAAGAGAAUCUCUCUGUGUCCAGAACAAGUGCUUCGGUACAGUUGGAGUGGGACACCCUUAUUUAUAAUGGAACCUCCUUCAAAUAUGAAUCAGAUGAUGCCUCCUUGUGCACACUGUGGCAGUCCUAGAGUUUUUGAAUUUCAGUUAAUGCCAGCACUGGUCAGCUUGCUCCGCAGUGCACAUUUAAGUUCAGAGCUUGCAGUUGAGUUUGGAACUGUUUUGAUUUAUACCUGCAGAGACAGUUGUUGGACAUCUGGAUCAAGCAGUCCUAUUGAGGAAUUCCCCUUUGUACAAACUGAUCCUGACCAAAAGCUCUUUAAAUGAUGGCAAUAAACCAUAAAU